AUGCUCUACAUAGUCGGCCUCGGCCUCGGCGACGAGCGCGACAUCACGGUGCGGGGGCUCGACGCCGUCCGCCGCUGCGCCAAGGUCUACAUGGAGGCCUACACCUCCCUCCUCUCUCUCGGCCUCGACCCCGCCUCGCUCGCCAACCUCGAGAAGAUGUACGGCAAGGAGAUCACGGUCGCCGACCGCGAGAUGGUAGAGGAGCGCGCGGACCAGAUGCUGAGCGAGGCCGCGGAAGCCGACGUCGCCUUCCUCGUCGUCGGCGACCCGUUUGGGGCGACCACACACACUGAUUUGGUUGUUCGUGCCAAGAACAUGGGGGUAGAGGUUAAGGUUAUCCACAAUGCAUCUGUCAUCAAUGCUAUUGGCGUUUGUGGGUUGCAACUUUACCGCUAUGGAGAGACCAUCUCUAUACCUUUCUUCACAGAGACAUGGAGACCGGACAGUUUCUAUGAGAAAAUUCAGAACAGUCGUCGACUUGGCUUGCAUACUCUUUGCCUACUAGACAUCCGUGUUAAGGAGCCAACACUUGAGUCCUUAUGCAGAGGAAAGAAAGUGUACGAACCAGCAAGAUUCAUGACCGUGAACACUGCAAUAAGUCAGCUUUUGGAGGUGGAGGAACUGCAUGGGGGAUCUGCAUAUGGUCCAGAUUCGCUAUGUAUGGGUGUAGCUCGCCUUGGAAGCGAUGAUCAGAAGAUUGUGGCUGGCCCCAUGAAGAAACUACUAGAUGUUGAUUUUGGACCACCCCUUCACUGUCUCAUUAUAGUGGGAGAGACUCACCCUGUGGAACAAGAGAUGCUAGAAUUCUACAUGAUCAAGUAG